AUGUCUCGCACUUUCUCUUUAUUCACAGCCGUCGUUCUCGCACUUACUGCUCUGUCCUCUGCAGCACCCGUUGAAAACAACUCAAUUGUUCAACUUGAUUCCAAUGUUGUAGCUGCCUCUGCUCCUGUUCAAUUGGAGAAGCGCAAGAAGCACCACAAGAAGCACCACAAAAAGUCCAAGCAUCACAAGAAGUCCAAGAAGUCCACCACCAAGAAGAAGUCCUCCAAGAAGACCACCGUUGCCAAGUCUUCUUCUUCCUCUUCAUCCAGCAAGAGCUUUUCUGGUACCGCAACCUGGUUUACACCUGCCACUGAAGGUGGAUCCACUGGUGCUUGUGGUCCUGAAGAAGAUGACCAUUCUCUCAUUGUUGCAUUGAACGCUCCUCAAUACGGUGACAUGAGCGAGAAGUCUUCAUGGUGUGGUAAGAAGAUCACCAUCACUGGUCCCGCUGGUACUGCUACUGCUACUGUCAACGAUGCUUGUCCUGAAUGUGGCCAUGGUGAUCUCGAUCUCACUCCUGUCCUCUUCAAGAAGAUUGUUGGUGAUAUGAAUAAGGGUGUUGGCAAGAUCAGCUGGCACAUGUCCUAA